AAGUGGAAUAUCAAGUUUCGGGUGAAUUCAAAAAUCAUGGUUCAAGAGUAAGUGCUCCAGGAAAUAUAGGAGCGACACCAAUGGAACUUGACAGAACGGAAGCUAAAGGCCACAUAGCAAAGAUGUGCCCUAACAAAUCAAAAUUGAACCCCGAAACCCCCUCAAGUACAAAUGCUAAUAUGGAACAUGUUAAUUUAAUAGAAGUUAAUAAUAAAAAAAGAGAAAGGCUCUUACGAGGAAAAGAAAAAAUCG